UACAUGCAUUUCUAAUAUAAAUUUCUUCUACUAUUUUAACUCGAAAUUAAUGAGUAAUUAAGUUAAAACAAUCACAACCAGAUUCUUUACACUCUUGGUUGUUCAAGUGAGACUCUUUGCUUAUAGUUGUAGAACGAUAAUAAAGAAAAGUAGAGCCGUGUCUUUAUUAGGGUUAAUAAAUUAUAGUGUGCGGAAAGAAGUCACUAGCAAAAGGAGAGUGAAUAAAGUCACUUUAUAAUUAUAUGAUUACGUAUCUGUUCUUGAAACUUAGUAGUACGUUACUUGGAAUUCAUUUUGGUUUGUAAUUCUAACAUUCUUUUUCAAAAGAGAAAACAUAAACAUUUGAAUUUUAAGAAAACAACAAAGUGGCCUGCUUGAUUGUACACAAAUAAUGUGACACUAAAGAGCCACCACGUUCAGUGACGCAGCACAUAGCCCAGUUAUAAAUUCAUUAGCUAGGUGGCAAAAAUGGUGAUGAAGAAGCCACGGAUUGUGAUCAUUGGAGCUGGAAUGGCAGGUCUCACUGCUGCCAACAAGCUUCACACUGUCACUGGCUCCAAGGACUUGUUUGAGCUGUGUGUUGUGGAAGGUGGAAAUAGGAUAGGUGGGAGAAUCAGCACUUCAGAGUUUGGUGGUGAUAAGAUUGAGAUGGGUGCUACUUGGAUCCAUGGAAUUGGAGGCAGCCCAAUUCACAAAAUAGCUCAGCAAAUCCAUGCACUGGAGUCUCAGAAGCCUUGGGAGUGCAUGGAUGGGAAUGGUAACUGGGAUGAAGCCACCACCAUUGCUGAAGGUGGCUUUGUGCUAAACCCUUCCGUUGUUGACCCCAUCACAAGGCUUUUCAAGAAUCUGAUGGAUCAUGCUCAGGGGAAGCUGACUCAAGAUGGUGCAAAAAAUGAACUUCAUAGAAGUUAUAAGCUCGCUACCUUAGCCUACAAGUCAACAACAACAACGACCAAAGGUGACUGUGGAAACCUUAGUGUUGGCUCUUUUCUCAGACAAGGACUCCAUGCUUAUUGGGAUUCAUCAAAGGAGGAAGAGGAGCUCAAGGGAUAUGGGAAAUGGAGCAGGAAGUUACUUGAUGAAGCCAUCUUUUCCAUGCAUGAGAACACACAGAGGACCUAUACAUCAGCUGGUGACUUGUUUACUCUAGAUUAUAGUGCUGAGAGUGAAUACCAAGCGUUUCCAGGUGAAGAAACCACAAUUGCUAAGGGCUACUUGAGCAUAAUUCAGUCCUUAGCAUCUGUGCUACCGCCUGGUUUAAUUCAGUUAGGUAGAAAAGUCACAAGAAUUGAAUGGCAACCCGGAAGACAUGGCCAAAUGAAUAAGGAAAAUGAAUCAUGUUCUAGGCCUGUGAAGCUACAUUUCUGUGAUGGCUCCACUAUGUCUGCGGAUCAUGUCAUUGUCACAGUUUCACUAGGAGUAUUAAAAGCUGCUAUCAGUGAUGAUUCAGGUAUGUUCCAUCCCCCUCUACCUUCUUUCAAGGUUGAGGCAAUUUCAAGGCUCGGCUUUGGUGUUGUUGAUAAGUUGUUUAUGCAAUUGAGUCCAACACAUGAAAGAAAAGAUGAACACUCCAAAGGGUUCCCCUUUUUGCAAAUGGUUUUUCAUUCACCUCACUCUGAGUUGAGACACAAGAAAAUACCCUGGUGGAUGAGGAGGACACCUACCCUUUGUCCCAUAUACAACAAUUCUAGUGUUCUUUUGACUUGGUUUGCCGGGGAAGAAGCACUAGCACUUGAAUCACUCCAAGAUGAAGAGAUCAUCAAAGGGGUUACUGAGACAUUUUCAAGCUUUCUAUCACAUUCCCACUUGCAAAAUGGUUCUGAUUCACAUGAGUUUUACAACGGGAAUGUGAAUUCUGAGGUUAACUCUCAAGGGAAUGAGGUGAAAUUCAGUAAAAUUUUGAAGACCAAAUGGGGAACAGAUCCAUUAUUUUUAGGCUCAUACAGUCAUGUGGCAGUUGGAUCAAGUGGUGAUGAUUUAGAUACAAUGGCAGAACCAUUGCCCAAAAAUAUCAGUUGUCAACAUUCUACUUCACCAUCACUUCAAAUUUUAUUUGCAGGGGAAGCAACCCACAGAACCCAUUAUUCUACAACUCAUGGAGCUUACUUCAGUGGCCUUAGGGAAGCUAAUAGGCUUCUUCAAUAUUAUUCAUUGUGUUGAGACUUAUAAUAUAACAACUAGUAUUUGUUUAUUUUUCUUCCCUUUCAAGUCUUGAUCAUUAAUUUCUAUGAUAUUGUUUUCACUUUUCUCUUUAAGGAAAUUAAUAAUAAUAAGUGAUUGCCAAAAAAAUAAAAAUUGUAAGGGGGAUGAAAAGUGAGAAGAUAGGGACAUAACUGUACUAUACGAAGCCAAAUUUUCCUAAUGUUAUUUUAUUUUCAUCUGUUGGGUGUAGUUUCUUUUUGUUUGAUCGCAUGUAAAUCAUUGAAACAAAGUAGAAUGUAACCUUUU